UGCUGUUGCCUGCCAGACCAACAACAAAUCAGUUUAGCCAGUUACCCUGUUAAAACUUUGCAAUUAAAGCAAGGUCUUUGUUUUAGGAUUUCGAUAAAAAAUACGAAUAUGGUCUGUGGUGGAUUUACCUGCUCUAAAAAUGCGCUUUGUUCCUUAAAUGUGGUUUACAUUCUAGUAGGUGUGCUGCUGAUAGGUGUGGCAGCAUGGGGGAAGGAGUUUGGCAUCGUGUCUAGCAUCCACAUCAUCGGGGGGGUCAUAGCUGUGGGCUUCUUCCUGCUUCUCAUAGCCAUCGUGGGACUCAUCGGAGCCAUCCACCACCACCAAGUCAUGCUCUUCUUUUACAUGAUCAUACUUUUCCUGGUAUUCCUCGUCCAAUUUGGAGUUUCAUGCUCCUGCUUGGCCAUGAACCAAGGGCAGCAGGAGAAGCUGCUGAACUCCACCUGGAGUCUGAUGAGCAACAACACCAAGGGAGAGCUGGAGGGCCAGCUGGACUGCUGUGGCCUGCUCAACACCACCCUCAGCCAGAGGCAGUUUACCCAGGACUGGUUCAGCUGCACUGCUCCGUGUAAAGCCAGGAACAACUGCUACACCUGUGGUGACAUGAUGCUACAGCACUCUACAGAGGCUCUGAAGAUCCUGGGAGGGGUCGGACUCUUCUUCAGCUUCACUGAGAUUCUUGGGGUGUGGCUGGCAGUGCGCUACAGGAACCAGAAAGACCCCAGAGCCAAUCCCAGUGCUUUCCUAUAGUCGGUCUAACCCCAUGUAAUUAAUGCAAUACUGUAGAUUCACAAUGAGAAGAUACACUGGUACCUGGACAUCUAGAAACACUCAGGAGUUUAAACUGGACCACAAUCAUACAAAUGGGGUGCGUUCCAAAUGACACCCUAUUCCCUCUAUUGUGCACUACACUCUAAAAAGAAAAGGUUCCUGGAGAAUCCUUUAGGGGUUCUUCAAAUUGAAACUGGGGGAAACCCCUAUAAGUUCGUCAAAGAUAAAAGGGUUCUUCAAAGAACCCCUUUUAAUGGAUCCUCAAAGAACCUUUUGGGGUGAAUUGUGUAACUACC